CCCGCCGGGAGAGAGCGCCGGGAGCCGCGCCGGGACGGCCGCGCCGAGGCACCAUGCGGGCUGCGGGGCUGCUGCCGCUGCUGCCGCUGCUGCUGCUCGGUGUCAGCUCUCAGGAUGAUACAGCCCCAGAACAAGCCCCGGCCACCACAAGCACAGAAGCCUCCUCGUCGACCCCACCUGCAAGCGCUAGAGAGACCUCACCAACCACCUCUGCACCAUCAUCUACCACAGUGCAAGCCAACACCAUCACCACGGCUCAGACCACUGGGGCAGCACCCAGCCCUGCUCAAAGCAUCCCCACCACAACCAACCCGGGGACACCUCUGUCCCCCAGUACCGCGUCACCUCCCACAGAGGCAGGGUCCACUCUGGCAACAUCGGAGGCCACGUCGCCUUCCACCACCGCCCCAUCCCAGACGUCUGGGCAGGACAGCUCCUCACACAGCACCCCCGACCCCAAAACCGCCUCUGCUGAAAGCCCCAGUGCUUCACAGCAGACCGAUACUACAGCUAGUUCGGGAAGCUCGGGCACCACUGCUGCUGCAAAAUCUGCCAUCACUAAUGCUACCAGUCCUCCAGGAGCUGUAGGGGCUGUUGACACAUCCUCUCCCUCCACAGAGCCUCAGGGAAAGCCACCUUUGGCUCAUUUGCCUAACACCAGUGAGAGCACCACAGUGCCGAGUAUUGACCCUUCCCAAAGCUCCAAGGAGUAUGUUGUCUCUUCUUCACAAAAUGCCACCAAAGAGCCUCCUUCUUCUUCCAGUUCUCCAGCCCAGGGAUCAAUCCCUUCCACCAGUCCUGGAAGCACCAAAAGUUCUGUUGCCUCUCCGACUGGAUCCUCGUCCCUCGCCACCACUCCGAUGUCAAAAGCUGGCAGCAAAGACACAGUCCCAGAGGCAGCCACCACGACAGCUUCUGGGGCAGACCAGAGUACCCAGGACGUUGGAUCCACAUCAUCCAAACCUGCCAGUGCCUCCCAGAGCCCUGACGGUGCCCACCCUCCAGCCCCGGGGAACCAGACAGACCAGGCAGGGAGCUGCACUUCUGGCCAGACACACCCCAACAUUUCUUCCGACAGUGAGCUCAUCUGUUGUGAAAGGGUGCAACAUACCAGGCCCACCAUUCACCUGAAAGAACCCAGAACAUGUGAUAAGUGGAAGGCUGCCAGCAAGAACAACUCCUUCUUUGAGAGUUUCUGCUCCACGGCCCAGCACGUGUUUGAUGCCAGCAGGGACUGGUGCACGGUGAUGCUGACGGCCAGCGAGAGCCCAUCCCACCACUGGGCUGUGCGCGUGAUCCUGCACCUUCCCUUGGACUCAGGAGAAGUCCUCAUGGAGCUGAAGGAGAAGAAGGACAGCUUAGAGGAGCUCGGCAUCGUCAACAUCACCUCUGACAAAAUGGUGGAGGACAUGACCAUCAACGACGAGUUCAGCACGCCCCUGAUCAUCACCAUCAUCACCCUGGCCGGGUCCCUGCUGCUCGUCGCGGCCAUCUACGGCUGCCACCAGCGCUUCUCCCAAAAGAAGGACCAGAACAUCCACCCUGAUGUCCCCGGGUUUGAUGAUGGACAUGUGGCCCUGAUCUUUAAUCAGCGCCUGACCGAGGAGAUGCAGACCAUGGAGAAUGGCUACCACGACAACCCCACGCUGGAGGUGAUGGAGACCUCCUCCGAAAUGCAGGAGAAGAAGGUGAACCUCAACGGGGAGCUGGGGGACAGCUGGAUCGUUCCUCUGGACACCCUCAUGAAGGAGGACCUGGAGGAAGAGGAGGACACGCAUUUAUAGGAUGCAGAACUUGAUCAAGAGAAAAACAACCACUUCCCCCCCAAAAAAAACCCCACAAACCCUACACACACGCACACAGAGCUCCAAAAUAAGGCAAAAUUCCCCCCCAAAAAGCAGAAAAUCCUUUAAUGAACUAAUCAUGGCCCCUUGUGGCACCACAUGGGGUGCAGGAUGGAAGAGGAAAGGACAUGAGAAGACACCUCUGGGGCACAACAACAUAAGCCACUUUGGUGGCCACAUCUGGCCAAGCAUCCUCCAACUCCCAUCACCUCCCACGCCAGACCUGACCAGCCAUGGGCAAACAGGGUGGCUUUGCUCCUGAAGAGCUGCUGGUGUCUCCUCCAAGCAUGUCCCCUCCCAUCCCACAUCUGACCACGCCAACCCCAUCCUCCAGCUACCGAGCGACAAAAAAAAUCAAGAGAAAUAAAAUAAAUAGGACGGGAGAUGGAGUGCAUCUGACAGCAAAGCAGCACCUGGCAAUUACAGCUCGACAAAUCCUCUGGCCCACGCUGUUUAGUCAUCACCCUGCCCUCCCUGACACCCAGGUAGUGAAUGAAAAAAGAUGCAACAGCCUGUUCCUUUUUAAUCCAGUUUCCAGCCUCUCCUCAGAGCUGAAGCGCACAAGAGCCCCUCAUUGUGCCAUAAGCAAAUGGAUGCAUCUGGAGCCAGUGGGAUGGCAGGGAUGCAGCAGUGCCAAGUGAUGCUCAGCCCCCUUGCCAAGGGCUGAGGAACAGGUCCUGCACCCACCUGGAGACUGAGAGAGGUGCAGCAGCUUCUUGUUUUAAAAGGAUGAGAUGAAGGGAGAGGAAAAGGAGGAAUUCCUUGAGUUCAUCCUCUUUAGGAAGGGUGUGGAGAGCAAGAGCGAUGCCUGGUCUCUAGCCCAGGCGUGAUGAUGGGGGUUUUGCGGUGCAGGAGCCCAGCUCUGGUGCUGCAUUUCCCUCUGGAAGGAUCACUUGCCUUCCAGGAAUUACACAGCAGCAUCUGACAGCCCUCAUCCAUCCUCCACGAGACUGUGGGACACACACACCACGAUGGUUUGUGACUUUUGAGGGCUCAUUUUCCUGCAUGAGCAGCAGAAGAGGUAGAUGAGCAGCAGAACGUGAGCCAGGGAGAUCCGUGGCAUUCAGGUGGCCUUGGUGAUUCACGCCCUCAAGGUUUGAAAGCUCAGCCUCAAGCUCUUCUUCACAAGCCACUAAAACAACAGAGACCUGCAAAGCAACUUCCAGCUCAGCAGUGAAGCUGGGACUGAGCUUUGUCCUGCAGCCCUUGGUCUGUCACCCAGGUCUCCCUUUGCUGAAGCCUUUAAAGGGGAGAAGAAAAACAUGGCUGGACUGAUGCCAUUUCUGGAUUUUGACUCCCCACAACAGCUCCUAAAUGGCUCUAAAAGGCUGGGGAGAGUUUCAUGCCUUUGCUCUGGUGAAGCAGCUCAGUCCUGGCAGAGGCAGGGAUCAUCCUCCAGCUGGGGUCCAUCCUCCAGCACACGAGGACCAGAAGGUGACUUGGCUGAGUCCCUCUCCCAGAGUGAGGACAGUGCUUGUCCCAAACCCUCUGCAAACCAGAGGAGCUGCAGAUCAGAGCGAUGCCCACGCACAGCCCUUCUCCUCUGCUUGCCAUAAACCAAGGCACAAUGGGGAGAGUUCCUCUGGGCUCUGCCAAAAGUCAACUCAACUGGGAUCUGCUCCCAUGGCUGCCCUGAAUGAGGGGAAAAGCAGAGCCAAGCAAUGGGAAGCUUGGAGAAACCCUGGUGGAGUUGGGAGUACUCAGGAAGGAGGGGAUUGGGGUGUUUUGCUCAGCCCCAGGACAGGCACUGGCAGAAGACACAAGUGGCUCUUCCCCCUUCUGUCUUGCACUGAAGGGCAGAGUCUGAAGUGUUCAAACCUUUCUAUUUUUGUAUGUAAAUAUUCCUGCUAUUCAUUAGCAAUGUAUUCUGCACACUUCACUUACCUGUGCACUGCACUAUGGGGAAGUAAUUUUGGAGGGGAGGGGAAAUAACAAAUAAAAUAAAUUUUAAAAAAAUUUAAAAUCUUAAAAAAUAAAAAAAAAAAAAGAAAAGAAAAAGCUAAAGGCCAGCCUGGUAGGAGAUAAAAAUUUGACAUGAAGCAGAAAAACACCUCUUGCCCAGGUAACUUUGUGCCACAGCUUUGCCUCUGUUCUGGCAGCAUCAAGUUCAGCUCUUCACCACAGCCACGAGUCUCAGAGAAUGGGCCUCGGCAUCCACAACUGCUCUUGUGAGCAGUGUGGCCUCCCGGCUGCCCUGACAGACAAGCAGCAGGUCCAUGACCUCACAUUUCUGUCCUUCCCAGAAAACAAACACAGGG